AUGGGUGAUUACAGUUUCUACAACUACAACCCGAGCCUCGCGGCAGCCAUUGUCGCGCUUCUCUGCUACGGGGCCAGUACAGGAUUCCACUGUUUCCAGCUCUUCAAACUGCGAUGCUGGUUUUUCACAACAUUCAUUGCCGGAGCCAUAAGUGAGAAGGAACUUACCUCUUAUACAGUGAUGACAAUCGGCUACCUCUUCCGCGCGAUAUCUACCAAGGAUACGAGUGCCCUAGGCCCAUACAUAGGCCAGAACGUGUGCAUUCUCCUUCCUCCAUCCCUCUACGCAGCCACCAUCUACAUGAUCUACGGCCGCAUUGUCAUGUUCGCCCGCUCUGCCUCCCUCUCCCCUAUCGCGCCGCAAAAGGUCACCAAAAUAUUCGUUAUAGGCGAUGUAAUUGCUUUCCUGACACAGGCCAGUGGUGGCGGUAUGAUGGCUAUGGAAAGCAUGGCUAGUGCGGGUCAGAAGCUUACGAUUUUUGGUCUGUUCGUACAGCUGUUCUUUUUCGGCGGGUUCUUCACUAUCUCGGUGGUGUUUUGUCGUCGAAUGCAACAACAGAAGAAUGUCCGCAUGCAAGACGUUCCGUAUGGUGCGUUGCUUUACGUUUUAUUUGGGGUCUCGGGGCUCAUCAUCGUUCGGUGUCUAUAUCGCGUUGUGGAGUUUUGUCAGGGAAAUGAUGGCUAUUUGAUAAGUCAUGAGGUUUUCAUGUAUUUGUUCGACACAUUGUUGAUGUUCGUGGUACAGGUUGUUUUUCAUUUUUAUCACCCUGGACUGCUUCUUGGGGACGGGAAGUAUGGUGGGUUGGAGAUGGAAGGAUAG